GCGCGGAGGUUGAGGGGAGGCCUCGAAGGGCGAGCGGAGCCGCGGCCCAGCGGCCAGAACCGGCUGCGAUGGUGGAACAAGGCGAGGAGACCUACGAGGGGGCAGCGGGGAGCAAAAGCCCAGAGGCCAAAGAAAUGGAAAAAUUCACUCAUCUGGAAGCUCUGCUGUUUGCUGCUGUGCUGGAGAAUUGUGUUGAUCAGCUCUCAAUUCUUGGGUAUAUCAUGCCAGUUUCAUAUGAGGGCCAGACAGACAUCAGCCAUACUGGCAGCCACGAAAUUAAAGAAAUCAUAGAGACCCAGAAGGAGCUGGACAAAGAGCUUAUGUCAGCAAGGGAAGGGAGUGGGGAAACAGUUACCUCCACAUCGCCGAAAAGUGUCGAACACAAGCAGCAACUGGAGAAAACUGAAGAUCUAAAAAGUACCCAUCGUCUUUCCAAAAGGGCCACAAAACACAGUGCUCUGUCCAUAGAGAAUCUCAGAAAAAUUCAGGCUGACAGGCAGUAUGCAAAUGAUGUAAUUACAGUCACUAUGAAAGAGCUGCAGGAAUCAGGAACAUUUAAUAGCCUAACAGAAGCUAAUGAGAGAGAAAAGGAAAAAAAGAGCAAGUUUCAUGACAUCCUUAUCAGGGAGGAGGAAGGAAAGAAAGAGAUAAAGUCACUUGGGGAACAGCUGCAAGAUGUCAAGAAAGAAACUGAAAUAGAACUUCAGAACCGAGACGCUGUGAUUGCCUUCCUCAAAGAUCAGCUCCUAGAGGUGAAGGCCAAAACGAACAUGGAGAGCUGCUACAUGAAGAAAAGCACAGACCUCCAGGUCCACCAAACCCAGAAGAAGUGCAGCAAUGCAGAGAAUGCCCUGGAUGAGGAAAUUAAGAAGCUGAAGAGCAAAAGUGAUGAGGAGAUUCGAGUCCACGUGGAGAUUGAUAAUUUCCUCAGGCGACUCCAUCAGAAGGUGGAAGAGAAGCUGGAACACUGGGUGGACAAAUUUGAAAACGAUGCAGAUGCUAAAGAAGAAGAACUGGAUGCCCUAAAAGCAUUAAAGGCAAACAACUUGGAAACGCUGCGACAAAUUGCCACAGAGUGCCAGAUGUUUGAGGAAACCAUCAUCAGAGACCGGGCAGAAAGGGAGGCUGAGAAACGCCGACGAGAGCAGGAGGCCCUGGAGCUGAAGAGCAUCCUGAAGCUGCAGGCCUGGUGGAAAGGGACAAUGGUCCGCAGAAACCUGGGCCCCUACCAGAACCUCAAGAAGAAUUUGGAGAAACAGCUAGCAAAGCAGAAAGAAAAAGGGAAGGUGGCAAAAUACGAAACAAAGAAAAAGAAACGAUGAGUAAAGAAACCUGGCUCCAGGGCUGUUGCUGGGCAGGGCGCUGUGGUCUGUCUGUCUGACAGGACAAAAUAAACCAUGUCACAGAGCUCGGGCUACUCUGGAGAACACAGUUAAGGUGACGCUGCAGGAACUCUUUAAGAUCUUGAAGCUGCCCUUGUAUAGCAGGGCAUAUACCCUUUCUCCCAUAGAAAGGGCAUUUGCACGAAAGCGGUGAGAAACACUAAUCCCCCAAAGUAUUUUCUAGAAACAGGAGAGCUUAGCAGGAGGUGAUCCUGGUAACAGCCCCGUAAC